AUGAUGAAGGUGGUGGUGAUCCUGGUUUCUAAGUUCUUCAUUCCAUUAGCUCUUUCAUCUGCCCUUGACCAGUGCUCCAAUUGUGGCAACAUGGAGGUUCCAUACCCUCUUAGCACAUCUGACAACUGUGGAGAUUCUAAUUACAGAGUCUACUGCAACAAUGGCAGCUUAGAGUUCUUAUCUGAAAGGAACUCUUACUAUAAGAUACUGAGCAUUGAUGCAGAUGCUUCAAGGUCUAUAAUUAGCCCACCAAAGAUACAAAGAAAGAAGUGUUACUCAUUAAAGAUCAAUGAGAGCUCUCCAUUUAAUAUAUCUAAGCGCAAUACAGUUAUGUUAUUUAAUUGCUCAAAUAUUGUCCUCUAUGCACCUUUGAAUUGUUCUUCAAACAGUCUGUGUAGGCAGUAUGAGGAGAAGAUUAAGGAAGGGAGAGGAUGUUGA